GUCGUCGUCGUCGUCGUCGUCGUCGUCGUCGUCGUCGUCGAUCGUCUUCAUCAUCGUGCUUAUCCCUCGUCGUUAUCGUCCUCGUGAGCUAUCCCAAAGCUAGCUGGUAAAGAGUUAGCUAGCCUCAAAGAUUGUACCCAUCGAUCAUCCUUGACAACGGUUACGUGGUUAAAAAAGAAGUCGAAGGAGGAAAAAAUAGAAGAAGAAGAAGAAGAAGAAGAGUAAGAAGAAAAAGAAAGGAGAAGAAGCAUUCGCCGCAGAUUCGGCUAUAGAUUUCAUCAGGGGUAAACCUAUCCCAGGAGGAACCUGAAAGAGGGAGCUUAACGUUCUCUUAACUAUCCCCGCCAUACCCCGACCCCUCCCUGGAUUGUUAGUCCGCGGGAGGAUCGAAGACACCUCGAAAUCAUGAGCGAGGGCACGCCGAAAUCUCAAAUCAAGUCCGUGCCCGAUGGCUCGCCGGCUCGACUCGAAGCCGGCGAUGGAGGUGGCGUCGGAGGGGACGGCGACCCCAUCGUGGGUGGCGGCAAUUCUGAGAAAAAGUCCGGCUAUGAAACGAAUCUCUACCUGUAUAGCGAGGAGAUGGAAGAUCGUCCUCGGAUAUCAACGUUGCUCAACAGUUUGGCAAAUUACAGCAAUACAAUUCCAGCUGCAACCGAUCUUGACAGCAAACCAGCACCAGCUGCAGGUGGUGGGGCUCGUAUGGGGACCCUCAUAGGCGUAUUUCUUCCCUGUAUACAAAAUAUAUUCGGUGUUAUUCUUUUUAUUCGUUUAACGUGGGUCGUCGGUACAGCCGGUGCGAUUCAAUGCUUCUUCAUCGUCUUAUGCUGUUGUUGCGUCACGAUGCUAACGGCGAUUAGUAUGAGCGCAAUUGCAACGAACGGUGUGGUACCAGCCGGUGGAUCAUACUUUAUGAUAUCAAGAAGUUUAGGUCCAGAGUUUGGUGGUGCCGUUGGCAUGUUGUUUUACACUGGUACCACAUUAGCAGCAGCCAUGUAUAUCAUCGGAGCUGUCGAAAUUGUUUUGACAUAUAUGGCUCCGAGUAUGAGUAUAUUUGGUGACUUUACAAAGGAUCCAAAUAUUAUGUACAAUAAUUUUCGAGUUUAUGGUACGGCCUUGCUCUUGGUAAUGGGUACGAUAGUGUUCGUCGGUGUUAAAUUCGUGAACAAAUUCGCCACGGUUGCCUUGGCUUGUGUUAUCCUCUCUAUCAUUGCUGUCUACGUUGGAUUGUUCGUGAAUUUCAACGGAAACGAUUCCUUAAAAAUGUGUAUACUUGGAAAGAGAUUAUUGAAAGAUCUCGAUGUAUUGACCCAAUGUAACAAGAAUACAGGUGGAUAUCUUUACAACGUAUAUUGCCAUAAUGUUACCAAUACUACUACAACCAAAUGCGAUCCAUAUUAUUUGGAAAGUAAUGUUACCAUCAUAAAUGGUAUUCGCGGAUUGGCUAGUGGUGUAUUCCUGGAAAACAUAUGGGACAGUUUCCAAGAGGAUGGCCAAUUGAUAGCUUUUGGUAAUAAUCCUAAGGACAUAGAUAAUUUGUCUGGCAAAAGCUACAAUCAAAUUACGGUUGAUCUCACGACGUCAUUCACCAUUCUCAUUGGUAUAUUCUUCCCAUCGGUGACAGGUAUUAUGGCUGGAUCUAAUAGAUCUGGUGAUCUCGCAGACGCACAAAAAUCUAUUCCAAUUGGUACAAUUUGUGCAAUUUUGACAACUUCGACGGUUUACUUAUCAAACGUUCUACUAUUCGCUGGUACUGUGGACAAUCUAUUGUUGAGGGAUAAAUUUGGUCAGAGUAUAGGUGGUAAACUUGUAGUGGCUAAUAUCGCUUGGCCAAAUCAGUGGGUUAUACUGAUCGGUUCAUUCCUGUCGACUUUGGGUGCUGGACUUCAAUCAUUGACAGGAGCACCAAGAUUGUUACAAGCAAUAGCCAAGGAUAGUAUCAUACCAUUCCUAACGCCAUUUGCUGUUAGCUCGAGCCGCGGCGAGCCUACACGUGCUCUCGUAUUAACCGUGAUAAUAUGUCAAUGUGGUAUAUUACUGGGUAACGUCGAUUACCUGGCACCCCUGCUUUCAAUGUUCUUCUUAAUGUGUUACGGUUUUGUUAACUUGGCCUGUGCUUUGCAAACUCUCCUCAGGACACCAAAUUGGCGACCACGUUUUAAGUAUUAUCAUUGGAGUUUAUCCUUCCUCGGAUUGGCCCUCUGCAUAGCUAUUAUGUUCAUGACCAGUUGGUACUAUGCCUUACUGGCAAUGGGUAUGGCAGGUUGUAUCUACAAAUACAUCGAAUAUCGUGGUGCCGAAAAGGAAUGGGGCGAUGGUAUACGUGGUCUAGCUUUAUCAGCAGCAAGAUACUCCCUUUUGAGACUCGAGGAAGGACCACCACAUACAAAGAAUUGGCGACCUCAGAUCUUGAUCUUGGCUAAGCUGACCGAUAAUCUCGUGCCAAAGUAUAGAAAACUCUUUGCUUUUGCCAGUCAGUUAAAAGCUGGUAAAGGUUUAACAAUCUGUGUCAGUUGCAUAGCCGGUGAUUAUAUUCAAAAUUCUGGUGAGGCUUUGGCCGCCAAACAGAGCUUACGUAACACCGCAAACGAGGAAAAGGUCAAAGGUUUUGUUGACAUUCUCGUAGCAGGGAACAUAGUUGAUGGACUUAGUUCUCUUGUACAGACCACCGGAUUGGGUGGGAUGAAACCUAAUACUGUCAUUCUUGGUUGGCCAUAUGGUUGGAAGAAAUCAGAGGAUAAAAGAAGUUGGAGAGUAUUUUUGCAAACUGUCAGAAGUGUUGCUGCAGCACGAAUGGCUUUGCUUGUACCAAAGGGUAUUAACUUCUUCCCGGAUUCAACGGAAAAGGUUGUCGGCAAUAUUGAUGUUUGGUGGAUCGUACAUGACGGUGGUCUUUUAAUGUUAUUGCCCUUCCUCUUGAAACAACAUCGUACCUGGAAAAAUUGCAAAAUGAGGAUCUUCACUGUUGCACAAAUGGAAGACAAUUCUAUACAAAUGAAGAAAGAUUUGAAAAAGUUCCUUUACGAUCUUAGAAUUGAAGCGGAAGUUGAAAUCGUGGAAAUGAUGAACUCUGACAUCUCUGAAUAUACUUACGAAAGAACUUUACUGAUGGAACAAAGAAAUCAAGUAUGGCGAGAGUUGCAGUUAAAUACGAAGGAAUCUCGAGGAGUGGAUAAGGUGCAGACGUUGGUGGACUUCAACGAGGUACCCGCCGAGGAAAAAUUACCUCUGGUUCAGGCAAUUGUGGAUCAUCAUCACAACGUUGACGUCAAGGUACCAUCCAAAGUAAGAUUUCAAGAACCCGGUAGUCAGAAUACAAACGAAGGUGAGGAAGCACAAGAGAAACUUGUUCAGGAUACAGAACAAAAGGAUUCAGAGGGAAUUGGUAACAGUGAGAAAUCCGAAGAGGAAUCUAAAGAUAAUCCAGACGAGGAAACGAAAUUGAUCGGUGGCUCGCCGAAAACGGAAAAUAAAGAAAAUGCUCAGAAAGAAGCUAAGGAAAAUGAACAAGAGAACAAAUCUGAUAGUCCAAGUUCUAAAAAACCACCUACGCUCAAGCCCGAUGAAAGUGACGUGAGACGUAUGCAUACAUCUGUAAAAUUGAACGAAGUAAUCGUGAACAAGAGCCAUGACGCUCAAUUGGUCAUCCUUAAUCUACCUGGCCCACCGCGAGAUACAAAAAUGGAACGCGAGUCAAGUUAUAUGGAAUUCCUAGAAGUCUUGACGGAACGAUUGGAGAGGGUAUUAAUGGUGCGGGGUAGCGGACGAGAGGUCAUCACAAUCUACUCGUGAAUCUAUCGCGCAAUCUUCAUGACGAAAGAAACAUCUAGUUUAUUUCUUAAAGACCUAAAACGAGUUCACAUUAAGGAACAUAUUAUUCUUGUGCCAUUAUAAAAGCGCAGAGAUAUUUAAUCUCCGUGCCUCCGUGCUGUGAAUCGCAACGAGUGUGAAAUCGCGACGACAGCUAUCGAAAAUCGAUCUUUUUAUGGAAACCUUAAAUUAAUUAUAAAUGGUUCCCCUCGAGUGAUCGAUAUGCAUUAAUUUCGCCGAUAUUAGGCGUAGAUUUAAUCCAAAAAGAGAUUAUAUCGUUUACGACGACGCGAUCGUAUUUGUACGAUCGUCGAGAUAUGAUAUUUAAUUGAUACUAAUUUUGAUCGAUAAAAAAAAAAAAAUGAGAAAAAAUUUAGGACUGGCCGCGGGGAUGGGACGUGGUCUGGGAAUGAGGGGAGAAGGUGGUGGACUUUAGGGUCAGGGAUGAAAAAAAAAAAAAAUUAAAAGCAACAAACACAUAUAUACGUAUACAUAUAACUUGAAAGAUUGAUUAAAAUUGAUCAGAUACGGAAAGGUAAAACGAAAUAGAAAAAGAAAAAAGAAGGAAAUGAAAUAAAAAAGAAAAAAGAAGAAAAGAAAGAAAACCCAAAACAAAUAUGAGAAUAAUAAUAAAUUAUAAAAAUAGCUUCCUGAGCUGA